AUGUACAGUGUAGUUCAACGUUGUUUUGCUGAAGCCAUGUAUCACAACAGGAAUGGUUUGUCCGAUCAGUUAUACAUUGAAUUAUUUGAUAUUCUCUACGAUUUAUCCGAGAAAUUGGUUCACAAAAUCUCUGCAUUUAAAGAAAGGUCGAUCGACCUAAAGAGGGAUGUCUUUGAUGUGAUCGCUAACCCACUGGUGUUGAGCUAA